AUGCUGAUCGUUGCUACUAUUUUCAUAGUGUUUGCAAGCAUGACCGUCAUGAACAUGUUGAUCGGCAUUCUCUGCGAGGUAAUUUCAUCUGUUGCAGAGGAGGAGAGAGCUGGCAUUCUCACUGAAAAUGUGCAUCAGAAGUUUGAGUUCGUGGUGGCGUCCUUGGACGAAAAUUGUGAUGGGCAUGUCUCGUACAGGGAGUUCCAGGGGGCACGGUGGCGGAUUGACCACCCACAAGCACUGCGAGCCUUCGAGAGUUUGAAGGUGGACCCGGAGAUCGUAGUGGAUUUCGCACAGGACUGGUUCUUGGACGAGAUGGGCCAGCCCAAAUCGUUGAACCUGCAGGAGUUUAUGGACAUGGUGAUGGACCUGCGCGGUGGCCAGAACGUGACCAUGAAGGAGAGCUCAUGCGGAUGA